AUGAAGUAUUUUGCUUUCGAGAACCUUGUAUAUAGUUGGACGACGACCGACGCCUACCACGCUGACAGCAACCUCUGUCCACUUGGCACGGAAUCUGAUGAUCGUUUUGCUUUGCACCCAGAGCAGCACAUCUACCGAGAACCUCGCACAAUUCAUCAGCGCUGGUCUAUCACACGACAACUUCAGAGACCAGAUGGGGUGCUGAAACGUGUCUAUCUGAUCAACGGCCAAUUUCCAGGUCCAACCAUUGAAGCAAGAGCUGGUGAUGAAAUUGAGAUUACGGUAAUAAACAGGGUUGAAAAUGAUGACGACGACGGCGUUGUCAUUCACUGGCACGGGAUGCUGAUGAAGGGCUUCAACGAGAUGGAUGGUGUUGUUGGUGUGACGCAGUGCAGAGUCGCUACAGGAGAAACAUUUACCUACAGGUUCCAUAUUCACCGCAAACAGCAUGGUACAUUCUGGUAUCAUGCGCACUCCGCAGUCAAAAGAGCAGAUGGGCUUUAUGGUGCCUUGAUUGUGCACAAGCCAGUCGAGGGCAGGAUAGCUCACAGUGACAUGGCGCUAUAUGAAUACGAUGGCGAAAAGCUACUGCUCAUCGGCGACUGGUACCACAUGCCGGCAGAGAAGGUUCUUGCCGAGUAUAAAGACUUUCGAAGCUUCGCCUACGAGCCUGUACCCGAUUCCUUAUUGAUCAAUGGCAUGGGCUCCUACAACUGCAGCAACGCGCGUCCUGGGAGACCAGUUGCUUGUAUAAAAACCGACCGUCUGCCACUGCAGGUUUUCGGGAACAAAGCUGUCCGGCUGCGGGUAGUCAAUGUGGGUGCCUCCUCUGGCUACUCCUUUCAGGUUGAGAACGCUGCCCUGCAGCUGCUCGCCGUUGACGGUGGUGGAGCGGUGUCGAAUGCCACGCCACAAACCUCGACACUCGGCGUGCUAUAUCCUGGCGAGCGCAUGGACGUGUUACUUCUUCCACAGAAGACCAUCACUGACAGAAGCGCGCCUUCUACAGUCGAUCUAAAGAUUAUUCUUGACCCAGAACUCAUGCAGUUAAUGAACCCAGCCCUCACCCGGGCACAGUCCUUUGCCCUGGAAUGGGUACAUUGUGCUCAUGGGAGACAUGAUCGAAAUGACAUCCGCGAUACUGUGGACAUGUACGACUUGAACGACGCCCAAGGACCAGUCCUUGCUCGAAACUCGCCUGUCCGCAAGAAGCCGGCCGAGAUAGCCCUAUUAUAUACUAGCCUGGCCAUCAACUCGUUCAAGAAUGACGAGCCAUGGGGUGAACUGAAUCACUCAUCAUGGGUAUGGAAAGACGCCAAUACCGCGCCCUUGCUCGCUACGCACAGAACGGCAUGGGUCAACGGCACAGAGCAAGCCAACCCCCUCCGCACUUUCAAUGUCCCGCAAUUCGCAGCAGGCCAAGACCGAUGGUUGGACUUGGUGAUAAACAACGUCGACGACAAGGGCCAUCCGUUCCAUUUGCAUGGAUACCAAUUUUAUGUUCUUGGCUCGCGACAAGAUGAACUUGGACGCUCAUACAACCCCUUCGAGGCAGCUGUUAACCACGAAGACAAGCUGAUCAACAUUGACACCCCCCUCAUAAAGGAUACUGUCUACAUAAAACCACGUGGAUAUGUGAUUCUGCGAUUUCGUCUUGAUAACCCUGGGCUAUGGCUGAUGCAUUGCCAUGUUCUCUGGCAUCAAGCGGUCGGUAUGGGAACCGUACUUCAGAUCGGCCGCAUCGCCAGGGAAACAGCGCGCAAGGCAGAACAAUCGUGUCGCUGGAAAGGCAAUCACAAGUAG